AUGGCGUCCAAAGAGGGACCGGUCUGUCAAAUUUUCUCGUUUCAGGACUCCAAAACUUCCCCCGACCCGAUUUUUGAGCUCCCAGCACAAUGUUCAACCCCGACACCGGUCCCGAUAGUGAUAGAUAACGGCUCCUUCCAGACCCGGGCCGGCUGGGCAGCUCCCGGGGCCGAGUUCGACUCUCCGCGGCUGCUCUUCAGGUCGGUGGCGGCGCGCAGCAGAGGGGCCGCUCGCAGCGAGACCCAGAUAGGGAACGACAUCCCGAACCUGGAGCCGCUGCGGUGGCUGCUGAAGAGCCAGUUCGACCGGAACGUGGUGGUCAACUUCGAGAUCCAGGAGCUCAUCUUCGACUAUGUGUUCACACACCUGGGCUUCACCUCAGAGGGCAGCGUGGAACACCCCAUUGUGCUGACGGAGGCCCCCUGCAACCCACUGCACUGCCGGCAGAUGAUGUCAGAGUUGCUGUUUGAGUGCUACCGUGUCCCGUAUGUCUCCUAUGGCGUGGACGGCUUGUACAGUUUCAACCACAAUAACUCUCAAAGGGGGCUUCAGCUGCCACACAGUGGCAUCAUUCUGUCCUCAGGGUACCACAGCUCACACAUCCUGCCAGUCGUCAACGGCAGGUUGGAUGCAGUGAACUGUAAGCGAGUGAACGUCGCUGGCAGCCAGGCAGCGUCCUACCUGCAGCGCCUCCUGCAGCUCAAGUACCCAGGUCACCUUGCUGCCAUCACUCUCAGCCGCAUGGAGGAACUACUGCACGAACACAGUUACACCGCUGUGGAUUACCAUGAAGAGCUGGAAAAGUGGCGCAGUCCAGAGUUCUAUGAGCGUGAAGUUCACCGCAUCCAACUCCCCUUUUCGGGUAAGGUGCCGGGCGGCUGUGUGAGUGUGGAGGAGAGGCAGGAGAGACGAGCUCAGCAGCUUCGAAGACUUCAGGAGAUUAAUGCUCGCCGUCGAGAGGAGAAGCUGCAGCAGGACCAAGAGAGGCUGGACAAACUUAUGGCAGUGCAGGAGCUGUUGGAGGACGGCCUGUUGGAUCAGUUUCACAAGAGCCUGGUGCAGCUCAACAUGGACUCAGCUGAGGAGCUGCAGUCCUACAUCAACAAACUGCAGCUCGCUGUAGAGCAGGGCAAACAGAAACUGCUGCACAGUGACGGAGUUGAGGGAAAGACGGAGGUGUCUGAGUUGGAGCAGCCGAUGGACGAGGGAGAUGGAGUGGCGCUAAUGGAUUCUGACUUCCCUGAGGACACGCUGCCAGAAAAACCUGCUAAUGUGGUUCAGCCUGUGUUCAACAUGGCCGAGUACCACCAGCUGUUUGUGGGGACGGAGCGUCUGCGUUGUCCAGAGAUCCUGUUCCAGCCGUCGCUGACCGGAGAGGACCAGAUGGGACUGAUGGAGACGCUGCAGUACGUCUUGGCCAGGUACACUCCAGAGCAGCAGGAGGCGCUGGUGAGCAACGUGUUUCUGACUGGGGGGAACAUGCAGUAUCCAGGGAUGAAAGAGCGAGUGGAGAGAGAGCUGCUGGCCAUGAGGCCCUUUCAGUCAAACUUCAAGGUGACCAUGGCGUCACAGCCGGCCCUGGACGCCUGGUAUGGAGCACGAGCCUGGGCCCUGGAGCACCCGGCUGGAGGAGGCGCAGGAGGAGCUGAGGGGUGGAUCAGCAGGCAGGAGUACGAGGAGAAAGGAGGCGAGUAUCUGAGCGAACACUGCGCUUCAAACGUCUUCAUUCCCAUGAAGAUCGCUAAGCCAGUUCCCGCUCGCUCUGCUGAGCCGUCUGUCACCGCACAGACACCAGCUUCUGCUGCUGUCACCACGGUUACAUCGACUCCGACCCCCUCCUCUUCUUCUGCUGCUGCUGCUGCUGCCGAUGUCGCCAUGGUUACCUCCUAAAUUGAAAUCUCAGGUGCCACCUAUGUCGGAUGUUCACUGACUUUCCAGAAAUUAUUUUGGAAUCAGAUGAAGUGUUUACCUCCUUGCCGCUCCCACUUUCAUGCAGCUUGACUCCCAUCAUGCAUUUCAACGAGCUCCAGAGGGCAAGUGGAAGUCUGUUGUGUUCAGUCAAUGGUAAAACCUGACUGAUGAUGUUUCAGAGGAAUUGAAAAUGUCCGAACGAGACAAUGUUUAGAAAUAUAAGGUGUAUUCGCAACGACUGUAUCUUUCCUGUUAGAAUGUGGAUUUUUUCCUUCAUGUACCAGCAGCAGUGUCUCUAUUCAUCCUGCAGAGAGACUUCAUCCAUUCACACUCUCUGCUUUUCUGAGCCCGAAAGAAUCCUGUGACUUUAUUUUUUUUUUAACUCAGUAAGACCAUAAGUGACCUUCAUAUUGAAUGGUCCUCAAAUUAAUGACGUUAGAGGUCUAGUGGGAGAAUUGUUUUGUAUUACUGUGUAAAUAGAGUUUGUUACUUUUGUGUUUUUUUAAAAAUAUAUAUAUAUUUUCUCUGGUGGAAACAGCUGUUUGCCUUUGAUUUAAAGUUGAAGAGAAAGUCUGGCAGCUGUCUGAUGCUGCUGCUUGAAGAUGAAGCGA